ACAUGUGACGGAAGGAGGAACUUCCGCCUUCCGGGAGACGCCAGCGCUAGCUCCGGGCUAGGCUAACAUCACAAUUAAGAGUCUGUCAGAGUAACUCAGUCUGUAACUGUCGCUAUGAAUCGUGAGUGAAGUCCAUGUUAAGUUGAACAUCUCGCGGCUGGUCGGACAGAGAGGUGGCAGUCAUGUAUACCUCGGGGAAGUACAGCUCGCGUGGUCCUGCGUUAAUCCCCAGGAUGAAAACCAAGCAUCGCAUUUACUACAUCACCCUCUUCUCCGUCGUGCUGCUCGGACUGAUCGCCACCGGGAUGUUUCAGUUUUGGCCACACUCCAUCGAGUCCACAGCCGACUGGACACUUGAUAAGCGCAGUGUUCAUGAUGCACCUCUCAUCCGUCUGCCGAUAUCCAGUCCCAUACCUGAGAGGGGUGAUCUCAGCUGCAGAAUGCACACCUGUUUUGAUGUAUACAGAUGUGGUUACAAUCCUAAAAACAGAAUCAAGGUCUACAUCUACCCUCUACAGAGGUUUAUGGAUGAAUUUGGGGCUCCCAUCAGCACCACAGGACUAUCACGGGAGUACAAUGAUCUGCUCAGUGCAAUCUCUGACAGUGACUUUUACACUGAUGAUGUCACCAGGGCUUGCCUUUUUAUUCCAUCUAUCGAUGUGCUGAAUCAGAACUCCCUACGUAUCAGAGAGACUGCCCAGGCUCUGGCAAUGCUACCCAGAUGGGACAAAGGCAUGAAUCACCUCCUGUUCAACAUGUUACCUGGAGGUCCUCCUGACUACAACACAGCGUUAGAUGUGCCAAGAGACAGAGCGCUUUUGGCUGGAGGCGGUUUUUCUACAUGGACCUACAGACAAGGUUAUGAUGUCAGCAUCCCAGUUUACAGCCCUCUUUCUGCAGAUGUUGAACUUCCGGAGAGACAGCCAGGGCCACGACGCUUCUUUAUUCUGUCGUCUCAAACUGCAAUUCACCGGGAGUACCGUGCUGAAUUGGAGCGUUUGAAAGAAGAAAAUGGAGAAGCAUUGCUUCUCCUGGACAAAUGUAGCAACCUCUCCCAGGGUGCAGCAUCUGCACGGAAACGAUGCUACAAAGGACAGGUGUAUGAGUAUCCACAGAUCUUGCAGGAGUCUUCCUUUUGUGUGGUCUUGCGAGGGGCACGUUUGGGCCAGGCUGCCCUCAGUGACGUGCUACAGGCUGGAUGUGUCCCCGUCAUCCUGGCAGACUCCUACGUUCUGCCAUUCUCAGAAGUGCUUGACUGGAAAAGGGCAUCUGUGGUUAUUCCAGAGGAGAAGCUGUCUGAAAUGUACACGAUCUUAAAGAGUAUUCCUCACAGACAAGUUGAAGAAAUGCAGAGACAGGCACGUUGGUUCUGGGAGGCCUACUUUAGCUCCAUGAAGUCAAUUGGCUUGACAACACUGCAGAUCAUCAAUGAUCGUAUUUAUCCAUAUGCUGCACGCACUUAUGAGGAGUGGAACGAUCCACCUGUUGUGAAGUGGUCCAGUGUGAACAGCCCUCUGUUCUUGCCACUUAUCCCACCAAGAGCUCCAGGAUUCACAGCAGUGGUGCUGACCUAUGAUCGCGUUGAGAGUCUUUUCCGGGUCAUCACAGAAAUUUCUAAGGUGCCGAGCUUGGCUAAGCUGUUGGUGGUGUGGAAUAACCAGAACAAGAGUCCUCCUGAGGAGUCUCUUUGGCCAAAGGUCAGUGUCCCUCUCAAAGUUGUGCGAACUAAAGAAAACAAACUCAGUAACCGCUUCUUCCCGUAUGAUGAGAUUGAGACGGAAGCUGUGCUUGCAAUUGAUGAUGACAUUAUCAUGCUGACAUCUGAUGAACUGCAGUUCGGCUACGAGGUGUGGAGGGAGUUCCCCGACAGGCUUGUGGGCUACCCAGGGAGGCUGCACCUCUGGGACCAUGAAAUGGGGAAGUGGAAGUACGAGUCGGAGUGGACCAAUGAGGUGUCUAUGGUUCUAACUGGAGCUGCCUUCUAUCACAAGUACUUCAACUAUUUGUACACGUAUAAAAUGCCAGGAGACAUCAAGAACUGGGUGGAUGCUCACAUGAACUGCGAAGAUAUUGCAAUGAACUUCCUGGUGGCUAACAUCACAGGCAAAGCCCCAAUAAAGGUAACCCCAAGGAAAAAGUUCAAGUGUCCUGAAUGUACAGCCAUUGAUGGACUGUCCCUAGAUCAGACACACAUGGUGGAGAGGUCUGAGUGCAUAAACAAAUUUGCUUCAGUUUUUGGAACAAUGCCUCUGAAGGUGGUGGAGCAUCGUGCAGACCCAGUGCUCUACAAAGACGACUUUCCAGAGAAGCUCAAGAGCUUCCCCAACAUCGGCAGCCUCUGACCAGCUGGUAGCAAAUGUCUGGACGUCCUCGCAGCCUCAACACUUGACACUAUAAUAUUAUCUUUUCAUAUCGAGUUACUAGUAUUCACACAAAGCAAUCACGAAGUCUCUCAGUUCAAGUGCCAUUCAUAUUCUUUUUGGAUUUCAUUUAAAAUGCACAGUUGGAUCAGGCUAUUUGGAAUCCAAAGCCUGGUCUGUAUGUGAAUUUUGGUAAAAAUGUGUUGAUGAACGUUUGACUACAUUAAUGCUACGUCUGGUGCUUGAUGGGCAGGAGGACUCAUCGGUCCCUCACUGUUACUGUUUCAGAACUGGACAAUUGAGCCUCCAGCUGCUCUGAUAUUGGCGUAUACGGUGUAUAUAUUUGUAUUUUGCAGCAAUGCUGUAUGAUAGUCAUAAUUUAUGAUGCUCCAACAAGAAUUUAAUUGUUUUUUUGUUUUUUUGGAAAUAUGACACGUUUCUUUUUAUAUGUAUAAAUGAAAAAGAAAUACAUGAUAAAUAAUUCUAACAUAUCUAUAUAGGAUUUAUUCAUGAAAUGAUUGAACACAUGUUGUAAAAUAAAUGCUUCACGAUACAUUCUGUACUGCACAAUGAUAUUGGACCAUCGGACAGAGCUUUUACCAUAAAUCUAGUUAGAACAAAUAACUGCAGAAUUUUAAGGAGAAAAAAACAUAGUCUGAACAAUUGGGAUUUACAUUUUCUGUAAUGCCAUUUAAUAAUGGCUGAGCAAGGCCGUUAUUUAUUUAUAUACAUAUAUAUAUAUAUAUAUAUAUAUAUAUAUAUAUAUAUAUAUAUAAAAAAUUCAGUUAUUUGCAUCAUCACGUCAUUAGCAUCCCAUAAACUGUUUGCCUUUUAUUUGACCACAUAUUGUAGAAUAAGUAGGAGGUUCUGAAAGUCACAUAAAUCAUUUUUCUUUUUCACUUGUUCCAUAUGCAGGUUUGUUCAUUAGUAGCUAUGUCAGCUUCAGUGUUGUGACUGUAAUAACUGUGCAGUUUCUUUUGUUUUUUUUUUAUCAUUGCCUUCUGAUGUUUUAAUUUUCCUUUUUUCUAAUAUUUUUGGAGUCAUUGAAAUUGUUCCAUUUUUUGAAGUGAGUUUGUUCAUCAAGUUGUUUGUAUUACUUUAUAAAACACAAGUAAAGUUCACACUAACAUGUUUUUGAGUUUGAAAGUUUGUAUUAUUUUAUUUUAUUCUAUUUUUCCACCCAGGUGUGAGUUAUGUGGGAAGAUGAUGAGAACAUUCAGCUUUUUCACAUCUCCCUGUAGUUUAAACUAUGUCCAUCCACAGCGGGACCCUCUGUGACAGUGCCGAUCCACUUUUCCUCGUAGCCCGUCACCUGUUGUUAAUAUACACUGCCUAAUCCACCCUGUUCAAUGUCAGCAGUUGAAAAGGGAGCAGUGCGUAUUUUUGUCAGCUUCAAUUAGUGUGAUACUCUGGUGGGUCGUGAGAUCUCAUUUCAGUGCUUGUGGCCCUUCAGAAGAGCUGAAAUGCAGGGGGAUUUCAGAAUACGACUUAAAGGAUGAGACAGUAUUUUGGCUGGGAGGUGCAAUGCAACAGAAGAGAAAAUGAAUCUGUUGUUUAACAAAUUUAGACAACUUUUUCACCAGUGGCAGCCCCAGAGACUUGCUCUUUCAUGUUUGCACUGCUCAGACUUUGGAUGUGUUAAAAACAUAUUUCUUGUCUUCGGCUUUCAAAGUUCUAAGUAGAGACUGUGGACUGUACUCGUAUUUUGAUUUCAUUGUUUGUUUUAAUGGUUUUUAUUAUAUAUACCUACUUUCAAAUCAUGAUUUUUUUUUUUUUUUUUAAUUGUAAAGUACUUCGGUCAACUUUGUUGUUUUUAAAUGUGUUGUAUAAAUAAAUCUGACCUUGACCUGAA